CAUAUUGGUCUUUUCUUCAAGAAUAGCCAACUAAAUUUUACACAACACAGAGUUCAGGCGCUCCCCUCCUUUAUUUGAUCCUACUCCAACGCGUUAACCGACUUUAUUUCACGUUAUUUUUGUCCACUUUGUCUACCCACUAGCGCAGCGCAAAGUUAAGAUCUAGCCGUUCUUUCUAUUUUUGAAUCUGUGCUUCUGAAUUUUUUCUUCCAUUAAAAAAACCGCAAAAAAUGGCAAAAUUGGUGAUUUUGUUGGCAUGUGUUGCUGUAUUUAAUGCCGUAAGCGCACUUGAUUGCUACACUUGCACCGACGAUGCCUGCAAAAAAGAUGUAAAAGAAAUGCAAAAAGUUACCUGUGGUAAACCCGCUGACCAAAAUCAAGAAUCCGUUUGCCAAAAAGUAACAUACAAAGGCAAGGAUGGCAAGGAACACAUCGAAAGAAAAUGUGCCUAUGCUCCCAAGAACGGAGAGGCUCAGUGUCCCGCAUCCAUAAACAAAGCUGAUGUAACUGACCUAAAAUGCCCAUCCUGUAAAGCUGAUCUUUGCAACUCAGCUACCACCAUCAACUUCAGCCUAACAGCAUUCGCUGCAGUAGUUUUUGCCAUCGUAGGCCAAAAAUUCUUAAUGUAAAACAUAAUUUUUAAACAUUUUUUAUAUAAGUACAUGUCGCUCCUCCGGAAGAACUGGCACAACUCAAAAAACAACUUUUUUGAUAAAUAAUGGAAGAACAUGGAUACGUGAAUGUUCAUAACUGUGUAAGAACAAAAACAAACACAUUUUGAGUUAUGCCACUUUUCUUUUAAAAUAUUGGUAACUUUGUUAAAUUUUUUCGAACAAUACCUAGGACACUUCUCGAAAUACAACGGUUUUCAUGAUAAAUAACGAUACGUUCACGCCAAACGUCAGAGCAUAAUCAAAAGUGUCAGUGUUCCAGAGUACAAAUACACAUUUUACCGCCAAAUGAAUAAUGACACUACCACCAUCUUACGAAGUUGGAAGUAAACAUCUAUGUGACACUUUUCCUGGUAAAAGUAUAGAAUUAUUUGGGUUGUGCCACUUUUCUUCCGAACGAGCGAAUGUGUUAAAAUAUUAUUAAUUAAAAUAUGUGUUUAAGAACUAAAAAUUGUAACGUUUUUGAUAAAUGUGUAUGGUGUAUUAAAAUGUUGUUUUGCUACUAUAUUUGUCCGAAAUUAUUCAUAAUGAUAUGAAGUAGCUACUUAAAAAAACCACAUACGCAUAGAAAUUGCUUUACUUGUAAGACCUAUUACGUGAAUUAAGAUUUUGUAAGAUGAAAAAUAAGUAUGUAGAAGGAAUUUGUAUUACCUCAGGUCAUUUUUCAACGAGAUAUUUUUCUUUGUAAAUAAAGUUUUUAAUAUUACAGCUGAUGAAUUCAAUAAAUAUAAUUAUUAUUAAUUAA